CUGCAUUACCCCUAUCUGUAGAAUUGUUUUUCCUCUAUCACCGGCUUCCACUUUUUCUUUGUUCCGUUCGUAAUCUUUUCCCUUCCUUAUCUACUUCCUCCCCAACCUUUUUUGGGUGACAUCAUAUCUAGCCUUCUGGGGUUGUGUGCUGCCAAUUUGCAUAUUAUAAUAUUAUUAUUAUUAUUAUUCUAUUGUAGUGGAAUGUCUAUAUCUCCUUCCAUCUUGGAUUGUCCUAUACUGAGAUGAACCAUCUUCCUUCUCCUUGUUACAUGGGAUUAGGAUCCGUCACUAGUAAUUUUUUUUUUUAAGUUCCCCCUUCUGUGGCAUUGAGCAUAAUAUAAAACGAAUAAAAGUGAAAGGCAUCUUCAUCCUUGGUCGCUAUUAUCUUUUAUCUUUGUGGGUGUGUACGAAACGUAUGAUUUGACAACGGAAAAUAUCAAGUCCUUGGUUGGAGAUGGAGGCCAAAGACAAAGCAAAGAAAAGUGGAUGAGGAUAAUUGUUUUCCAACUCAUCCUCUCCUCAAUCCACCCACCAUGUCCCUUUCCUAGAAAAGCAAGUGGAGGGGCAGCAUACAGCAGUAGUUCGGUGUACGACAAGAACCCUGAUGAUCAGAUCCAGUCUGGACCAGUUCCAGACGAUGUGAUCCACGCCACUCAGUCCGGCAAGUACUGGGCCCCACACCCACAGACUGGUGUAUUUGGGCCUCCCGGCGACCACCUUGCUUCUCCUCCGACCUCCUCCACUGGCGGCGGAGAAAGCUCAUUUCACUCUGAUGUGCUGGAGGAGAAGGCCUGGUUCCGCCCCACGAGCCUGGAGGAUUUGGAGAAGCCUCACAGUCUUCCUUGAUUACCAACUGCACUCAACGAACCCUUUGGUUAAGACAUUAUAUUAUUAAUAUUACAGAAUAAAUAAAAGACAGACAAACAACACUUGUCACUGUUAGUGAAUAAGUGAAAGUUUGUGUCGGUGAGUGAGUGAGCCUGGUGUGUGGGUUCGUUACUCCAUUUAGCUUGUUUUUGUAAAUUUACCUAAGUACCUUUUAUCUAGCAUAACCAUGUAUGUUUCUUCUUUCUGUUUUCAUACUACUUUGAAUAUCAGACUUAUGCCUAUGCUUUUACUCAUAAA